AUGAACUUGAUCUAUCCAUUGCUGCUGAUGGCAUCUGCUCAGAACACCAGCCGAGAUGAUAAUCAUUCGACCAGGAGUGCCGCGAGAAGACCUGCGGAACAAAGGAGGACUGAAAGGGAAACGGAGCCGAUAACUACAGGUAGAAAUCAGUUUUUCGAAAAGGACACUGCACGUUAAACUGAACAGUCCGGUGACCGGAAUAGACUCUUCGCUAUCGGUUUUUUACACUUCGUCUAUAUUUGACAGAGAAGUCAGAGAAAAGACGUGCAAAACGCACUCUCUCGCCCCAAAAAUCCCCCAUUUCUUUUUCGACAAAAAGGUUUUUGCUUCUUUUUUUGGCCGAAUUGCCAAUUCGGACCAUUUUUGCUCAUCUCACAAGGAAGUGGUACCCCAAGUGCGACGCUCAGAUUUUGAUGAAACUUGGCACAAAUUUAGAAUAAUUUUUUCUAAGAUAUAUGAGAGACUCCUAGCUCGCGCUUUGCAGAAACAACCGAGGUUUUUAUGAUUAAAAGUAGGCGAAAAUUUGACAACAUUUGCCGAGCUUCGGCACGGAAAGUUCCAUGCCUAUUUCUACUGUAAAGGGUAAUACUUCCAUAAAAAAUCAUUUUUUUCCGGGCGAAACUAGCAAAGUUAUGGUCAAAAAGUGUUUCUCAGACCGCUCUCCGCAUUUAGUGUACUCUCUCGGCGGCAAAGAUGGUUCAAUAUCUCGGCGGCGCCUGCAAAACGCGAGAUAAAACUUUCAGGAAUUGAUACUUAAUCUAUGCCUGACGUGUGUGCAAAAUUUAAAUACAGUGGCGGACCUGAUCCAUUGGCAAAAAACGUACCAUUUUGGAUCUGGGAAGCAUCAAAAAUGCAGCAAAAUACCUCCUUCUCCAAGUGAAAAAACUCCGAUUUCAAAAGCGCGCCCGCUCUUUUUGUGAGGGAAAGGGCGCGCAUUUCAAAACGGAGUUUUUUUAUUAUAGUGGGAGGUAUUUUGCCACAUGGUUGAUACUUCCCGGAUGCAAAAUUAUAAGUUUUUUUUUCCAAUGGAUCAGGUCCCUCACUGUAAAAUCUGAGCGUCGCACUUGGGGUACUUUUCUUGUCAGUUUGACGUGCACUGUUUUUGUUUUAGACGAUUAUACGAUAGAUGACUAUUAUGAAACAACAUAUUCUGAUGAAUAUAUUUACGGCGAACCCAAAACAUCUCCCACUCGAGCACCGACAUCUAAUGGAACGUCUCCCACUUCAAGAUGGACUAACCGGACGACGAAAGUCACCGCCUUUCCUGAGCCAUCAAACUUAACCACAUCGACUUUGGAGACGAAUCGAACGAGGCGAUGGAGAAAUGAAACGACGACCAGUCAAACGAAAAGGACAACUAGAGGUGGGUUUAGAGGUUGAGCGAGUAAAAUUGAGAAGUUGGUGUUAGUUGCAACUAAUCCUUGGCCGUUUUUGUAGGCCUAUUUGAUCUUUAAUGUCACUAUUUUCUGCCAAAAUAGUUCACAAAAUUAUAUGUGCCUUAGGUCGUGCAAAAAACUGGAUUAACAGGCAUUAAAUUUUUUUGUGCCAAAAUUUGGCAAAAAGUGUCAAAUUUUCGCCAACUUUCGAUCUACAAAUCUCGGUUGUUUCUGCAAAACGUGAGCUAGGAUUCUCGCAUAUAUUGUAGAAAAAAUUAUUCUAAAUUUGUGCCAAGUUUCAUCAGAAUCUGAGCGUUGCACUUGGGGUACAUCCACUGUAAGUAAGAAAGUCAAAGAUCGAGUGUUAGUUUCGUAAAUUUAAAAUAUUUUGGCGUCCUUAGGGCACAAAAUUGCGUAGUUGUAUGGCUGAAAUAUGAGGCUAUAAAGAUCAAUUUAGGAUGUUUUUUAUGAAAAACGGUUGACCGGGCUAAAAGUUAUAGCUGAAACAAUGUUUUUACUGGCUUUUUUUUGGAGGCUUGGGCAAAAAAUAUAAUUUUUUUUUUUAAUUUCAGGUCCGAAUGUAACGGAAGCGACCGAUUUCCCUGUCACGACUGACUUCCCUUUCAAUCCUGAUUUCCCAUUCCCUUGGAUUUUUACAACCCGGAAGUCAACGAGAACCACAGUCGCUACAAUUGAAACCACGACCACAACGACUCCCGAGGCUCCGCAAACUACGAGGACGAAACGUUUGUGCUAUUAUACUACGACUGCCAUGCCGUCCACUACGACGGCUCAGGAGUCGACUACAGCGCCUUCAACUACGGCCGAUUUUGAGACUACCAUGCGGGCGGGGAAUUCAACGACUGAGUUUGGAAAUACGACCGAUUUUGAGACUACCAUGGGAUCGAUGAAUUGGACCAGGGAGCUCGGAAAUAAUACCAGUUAUGAGAAUACUACGCGACCAAGAUCUACGCGGUAUAAGUCGACUACAAAGGCUUGGAAUACAACCGCUUAUGACAAUACUACGCGACCAAGACCUACGCGAUAUAAGUCGACUACGGCGCCUUGGAAUACUACGCGAUCUCGAAGACCCACGCGGUAUAAGUCGACUACCUCGCCUCGGAGUUCCACGCGACCUAGACCUACGCGAUUUAAGUCAACUACCUCGCCUAGGAAUACUACGCAACCUCGAAGAACUACACGAUAUAAGUCGACUGCAAAGCCAUGGAAUACGACCACUUCUAAGCGUACUACGCGACCGAGACCUACGUGGUAUAAGUCGACUACAGCGCCUUUGAAUACGACCAGUUCUAAGCAUACUACGCGACCGAUACCUACGCGGUAUAAGUCGACUACAGCGCCUUGGAAUACCACGCGAACUCGGAGACCCACUCGGUAUGAGCAUUUUCACAAAGUGCUUGGACAUCAUUUCGCUUUCGCACGGUGCAUCUUGAACUUUUGUCGCCAACGCACUGAGGAAUUUGCACAGUGCAAAUGGCUUUUUUUUGCACUGUGCAUCGAAAUAUCGCAGCGACAAAAGCGAGUUUCAACUUUGUCGCUGCGUCGGCCCUGGGAAUUUGCACAGUGAGAACGGCUUUUUUUGAGGUUUGCACGGUGCGAAAAGAGGAGUUUGCACUGUGCGUUGGCGACAAGCGUGGGAAAAAGUUCAAGACGCACUGUGCGAAAGUAAAAAAAUUUGCCUUUGCGCACCGUGCAAUCCUCAAAGAAGCCGAUUGCACUGUGCAAAUUUUUGGUCAAAAUCGCAGCGGCGCAGUUGAGAAAAGCUACGUCGCAGCGACAUUUCAAAUGCACAGUGCAAAUCCAAAAAUGGCAAGUGCACGGUGCAAGAACUCGCGAAUUUUUGUGCGCGGUGCGGACCGCGGAGAAAUGUCCAGGCACUUUGUGAAAAUGCUAAUAUAGGCCGACUACUCUGCCUUGGAAUUCGACCGAUUUUGAGACGUCCACGCGAUCGAUGAAUUCGACCACUGAGUUCGCAAAUACGGCCGAGUAUGAGAAUACUACGCGGCCUCAGCACCCUACGGACUACGACUAUGGCUGGACUACAGCGCCUUUGAACACUACCGAUUUUGAAAAUUUCACGCGGCCUCAGAGACCCACGGGAUUUGAGUGGACUACAGCACCGUUGGAUUAUGAGAAUUCUACGCGAUUCCUGAACGACAGCACGUCUGAAUCGACCAUUGAGAUUUACACUACGACCGAUUGUGAGACUACCACGGCGCCGAUGAGCACGAGCACGACCACUGAAACUUCGCGUACGUUUACCACAACUACCAAGAGACCCACCACAACGCCUAAAUCGACCACUGAGGUGGCAAAUACGACCAUGUCUUCCACUGAGUCCCCGACUACGACCACUUACGACGACGAGUGGAUUACCGAAGGAGAAGAAGGCACGGACGUCAAUAAACUGCCGACUCCACAGCCGUUCCUUGCCGAGAGGAAGAGCAGUAAGUCAAGGGGGGAUUGUGGGCGAAAUAGAGAUGAUAAGUUAUGUUUAGAGUGUAGAGGUGAAAUUUGACCGGUCAUAACGCUAAUUUGACCGAAAAUAUGCCCAGUUUGAUCAGUAAUAUUGGCGAUAUAGAUAGUCAAAUUUCUCCCUCCUUAUUAUUUAGUAUUUUCAUAAAGUGCAUGGACAUUUGUCGCGUCCCGCACAGUGCACAGAAAACCCGUCCCGCACAGUGCACAGAAAACACUAAUCUUGCACUGUGCACUUCUUUUUUUUGCUUGGUUUUUGCACUGUGCAUCAAAAUAUCGCAGCAACAAAACCUUUGACGGUGUCGCUGCUUCGGCCCCGGGAAUUUGCACGGUGCAAACGACCUUUCUUUUUGCACUGUGCAUCAAAACAUCGCAGCGACAAAAGCGAGUUUCAACUUCGUCGCUGCGUCGGCGCCGGGAAUUUGCACAGUGCAAACGGCUUUUUUUGAGGUUUGCACGGUGCGAAAAGAGCAAAGUUUGCACUGUGCGUUGACGACAAGCGUGGGGAAAAGUUGAAGAUGCACUGUGCGAAAGCGAAAAAAUUUUGCCUUCGCGCAUGGGGCACACCUCAAAAAGCCGUUUGCACGGUGCAGAUUUUUGAUCAAAGGCGAAGUUUGAGAAAAGCUGACGUCGCAGCGAUAUUUCAAAUGCACAGUGCAAAAUUGAAAACAGGCGAGUGCACGGUGCAAGAACUCGCGGAUUUCUGUGCACCGUGCGGACUGCGACAAAUGUCCAUGCACUUUAUGAAAAUGAUAAUAUAAUAUUGCUAGCAGUCUUGUCGCUAUACGCAACCAAAAUAUGAUGUUCUUGACUGCUUUUGUCUUCCAGGAGAAGCGGUUUUCUUCAGCUGAUCUGAUUCGUUCUAAUACUGCGAUUUUUUCCAGAAAUCUCCCCGCUGUCUUUGUGGAUUGCCCUCUUCGCCCUGCUCGCCGUCAAUCUUGUCAGCGGACUCUUAUUUUCAGGCACUUAUCUUGGAUAUUUUGGUCGAGAAGAUGAAAUCGCCUCGGUGGAAGUUACACUGAAGUAUGAGUGUAAGUAA